AUGAAAGCUUCUCUCUUUCUCUUCAUUUCUGCGGUGGCAGGCUGUGUGACGCAACCACCAACGCCAGACCCCUUCACCACGUUCACCAACAACACCGUCUUCGUCCCCGACGCCGACUACACCAGUUGGCGCACCAUCUACGGCCGCUCCCUGCAGCUGGCCGACGGCUCCCUCCUCAUGACCUGGGAAGACUAUCCGCCCGAACCCCCCCUGGACGCCUUCCCCAUCUAUCGCUCCACUGAUGGGGGCGCCACCUGGGGGUCGUAUUCGUCUGUUGUCGACACUGUCAACGGCUGGGGGAUGCGCUACCAGCCCUUCCUCUACACCCUGCCCGUCUCUAUGGGCGACUACCCGGCCGGCACCAUUCUCGCUGCGGGCGUGUCCACCCCCGCCAACCUCAGCGGUGCCUAUAUCGACCUCUACGCCAGCACCGACCAGGCUGUGACCUGGGCCUUUGUCGCGCAUAUCGCCUACGGCGCCGGGCCCGAAACCGUUACCAACGGCAACCAGGCCAUCUGGGAGCCCUUCCUGCUGCACUAUGAUGGCCAACUCGUCUGCUUCUUCUCCGACCAGCGCGAUCCGCUGCACGCCCAGAAACUGUCCCGGCUGUCGUCUUCCAAUCUCACCUCCUGGCCUACCGACUCGACUGAUGUCGUCGCCUACUCGACCUACACCGACCGCCCGGGCAUGGCCACCAUCGCCCACAUCCAAAGCAAGAAUGACUACAUCCUCACGUACGAGUAUUGCGGCUCGGCAGACUGCACCGCGUACUACCGCGUUGCUUCUUCGCCGUUGGAAUUCGACUCUGCAACGGGCAACGCCGUCGUCUCCAAUGAUUCCUCACACUCUUCGCCUGUCGGGUCGCCGUACGUAAUCUGGACUAACGCCACCGGAACCGACAUGGUGAUCAUGAAUGGCGCCUCGCAGAGCGCCUUGUUUGUCAACGACGACUCUGUGGGUGUUGAUGGCUGGCGCAUGGUCGAGGUCGGACAGUGGGCGUCGUACUCGCGCCAGCUGCGUGUUAUCGACGACAAUGGGGUCCAGCGUCUUUUCAUUGCUAAUGGGGGGAACAUGGUGACCCUGUCAACGUGUAACUGGGUUGCUUGCGGGGUUGUUGAUCUGGAUCUUUUAUAA